UCGGCUGCGUCUCCGGCAUUUGAAUCGCGCUUCCGCCAUCUUUCCAGCCUCAGUCGGACGGGCGCGGAGACGCUUCUGGAAGGAUCGCCGCGAUGGCCGCGCAGGGGGAGCCGCAGGUGCAGUUCAAGCUCGUGUUGGUGGGCGACGGCGGCACCGGGAAGACGACGUUCGUGAAACGCCACCUGACCGGCGAGUUCGAGAAGAAGUACGUAGCCACCCUGGGCGUGGAGGUCCAUCCGCUCGUGUUCCACACCAACAGAGGGCCCAUCAAGUUCAACGUCUGGGACACGGCGGGCCAGGAGAAGUUCGGCGGCCUGCGAGACGGCUACUACAUCCAAGCCCAGUGUGCCAUUAUAAUGUUUGAUGUGACAUCAAGAGUUACUUACAAGAACGUGCCUAACUGGCAUAGAGAUCUGGUACGAGUGUGUGAAAACAUCCCCAUCGUAUUGUGUGGCAACAAAGUGGACAUUAAGGACAGGAAAGUGAAGGCAAAGUCUAUUGUCUUCCACCGAAAGAAGAAUCUUCAGUACUAUGACAUCUCAGCCAAAAGUAACUACAACUUUGAAAAGCCUUUCCUCUGGCUCGCUAGAAAGCUCAUUGGAGACCCUAACUUGGAGUUUGUUGCCAUGCCUGCUCUUGCCCCACCAGAGGUUGUCAUGGACCCUGCUUUGGCGGCGCAGUACGAGCACGAUUUAGAGGUUGCUCAGACAACUGCUCUACCAGAUGAGGAUGAUGACCUGUGAGAAGAUGAAGCUGGAGCCCGGCGUCAGAAGUCUAGUUUUAUAGGCAACUGUCCUGUGACGUCAGCGGUGCCGCGUGUGUGCCACUUUACUAAAAUCUAGCUAAGCAGACAUGUGCUUCAUUUGUGGAAUGCUGAAGGAGAUGAAUGGGCUUCGGAGCGAAUGUGGCAGUUAAAAAAAAUACCUUCAUUUUUUGGACCUGCAUAUUUAGCUGUUUGGAACGCAGUUGUUUCCUUCUUGAGUUUUGAAUAUGACUGCUACAGUCACAUCACAAUAUUCAGUGGUGAAUCUUGUUUGUUACUGUCAUUCCCAUUCCUUUUCGUUUAGAAUCAGAAUAAAGUUGUAUUUCAAAUAUCUAAGCAAGUGAAUUCCUCCCUUGUUUAUAAGCACUCAGAACCAGUAGAGUAGGGCAGCUUGUGCCAUCUUAGUUCUUAAASUGUCAUUGCUGUGUGACUUAACUUAAAAUCUUUGUGUCUGCCUUUAUGCCUGUUUGAGUCAUAUCACACAAACUGGAUGUGACUGGUCAGGAAUUGAGGUGUAAAUAGUGAUGGUUCAGUUGGGCUAGCACAAUGUCUGCCCCAUCUUCGUCCUGGCCAGACAAGGUCACUUGGGGAAAAACUUCAGACCUCAGGAGACCUGUCAGCAUAAAGAUAAUAGACAUUUUAAAAGGUGGUGGUUGCUUUUACUUGAUGGCAAAGGUGACUGACCCCCCUUUUAAGAUGAGCAUUCAGAAGUUGGGCCUCUUGAAGUUCUGUUAGAAGUGAGUGUGAAUUUCACUUUGCCUUUAUUCUUGAUGUUAAAUGUCCAAAAUCAGUACUCCGGGAAGAUGUUUUGUGUUUACUUGCUGCUUUCCAAGUACUCCCAAACUUUUAGAGGUAGUUUAAGGAGAAGGACACAAGAGCUUUUGGUGUCCAUCACCCCAAAGAAUACUUGUAGGUAGUGUAAAUAAAACAGUAGCCAAGAACACUACCAGAAUGCACAGUAGGAUGUGAAGCCUUAUCAGAUUGAGCCUUUAUCUUGCAUGGUUCCCAUGUGUAAAGAUGAAUUGGGGAAGAGAGAAAUUAGAUCUGUCUUGUCUGAGGAGUUAGUCCAUCAAAACUGCUAUGCCAUUUAGGAAUCUCAUUAAGAGCUGCUUAUUCUAGUCCAGUUGCAAAGUUCUUAAAUGUCUGAUUAUAUUUAGACAAUAUCCUGCCUUGGAAGAAGGUAGACAUGAUCACUUUUUAGCAAAAAUAAGAUUUAAUGUAGUUACUAUAUAAGCUUUCAUGAACAGAUUGGUUUUAAAAUCCAAUUUGCUGUGUAUGCUGUGUUCAGAACCAGGUGUCAGCAUCCUGUGAAAUAAAGUUUUCCUAUAAUUGGAAUGACACAUUUGUAACAUAAAAUGCAAGAAUCUAUGACAUUUUGUCUCAUGUAACAGUUAAAAUUUGGACACUGCUUACCUGUUCAGUGUGUGGUGGGAAAGUACUUAUAAGUCAUUCAUUGGAAGAAAAUUGUUGCAAAAUAUAUUACUUUGCCUGAAUUUUCUGUCAUUUCUAGUAUUUGCUGUAGAAAUAGUGAGCAUAGAUCUUGGUUCUGUGAAAAGUCAGGUCGGCCGCACAGCAGAUUGUCUACUGUAUGUGGGUUACAAUUCUGUUCUGUGGAGACAAACAGAAAGGGUUCUCCCAUGCUGUAAGAAGUCAGCACCCAAGGAGAAAGUGUUGGAGGCUUUAUUCUGCACAGUUAAUACUAGAAAUUGUUUUAUUUGAACAAAGUAACUUAAGAAAUAAGUAUCAUGU